AUGAUGGACUGCAUCCCCGAGGACAGCCUGGCUGCAGGCUCCUGUCCUCGGCAGGUCUCGGCGCCAUCGGAGGACGCGAGCUCCGAGUUCUCCUCGGCCGCUUCCCUAAGCCGCCAGUGCACGGAGUUCAGCGAUGCUGCAGCGCUGGAGCUCAUGUCGCGGCAGUUCACAGACUUUGCUACAAGGCAGGGGGACUUCUGGGUGCGGAAAUGCACGGAGCCCGUGAUGAGCCAGAGGCCGAAGGCACAGGACCCGAGACAAGGCCAGUUCGGGAGGCAGUCGUCGUGCCCAAAUCCGAGUCGCCCUCAGAUGGCCUUCGAUGGCUUUGAGGGCCUGGGCUUGGCGAACCUCAACCAGACCAUCAAUGAGGAAUCGCAGGAGGAGAAGCAGGAGGACGAGACUGACGACCUGAUAUCCAAAGCGAUCUGUGCCGCGGUGGCCGAGUGCGACUUCAGCGUCGCGAUCGCGGACCCGACUGGUCUGGACUUCGAGCUUAUCGCGGUCUCCGAGGAGUUUCACCGACUCACCGGCUAUUCACCAGAGGAGUCGGUCGGUGAGAAUUGCCGUUUCCUCAACUCUGGCUGUCCGAACGAUGCCGGGGCGGCGUUGCGCCUGGCUUGUGAGACCGGGGCGCCCUUCACCUCGAUCCUCGUCAACCGACGCAAAUCAGGUGAGUUCUUUCUCAACCUCCUCUCAAUGCGUGGCCUCGUCAUUGCGACUGAUAGUGCCACCGGUGAGGACAUUUGGAUCCUCGUCUCUGUGCAGCGCGACGUGUCGCUGCUGCCCGCUGCGGACUUGCCGAGCAACGAUGCGUGUAUGCUCAAGGUAGCGAAUCGCAUUACUCGGCGACUCUACAAGUACGCCACAGAGCUGGGUAUUGCAAGCAUAAUUCACUCAUCCCGAGGCCGAGUCACCAACGGCGACUCCAAUGGCAAUGCCAAGCUUGCUGGCAUGCACAUGCUGGCCGAAGUUACGUGGAAACUGGGGGAGCAGAUGGGGCAGUGUCCACUCGAUGCACUUAAGUUCCUUCCAGCUGACUUUCUUUACCUACGUGGUGCUCCGCUGGAGAGCAAAGAGCCUAAGGAUGGCGAUGGCGAGCUUGUGGAGCACCUGCCGGGGCCAAAGGUACCUGGUAACUCGUCGCCGCACUGGCCAAUGGUCCUUGCUGGCUCCUCCUUUGCGGCUCUCAUGCUGCUCCUACUUUGCCGACAUGCGCGACGAAGUGUGCAUCGGUAA